AUGUACAGGCACCGCGGCGGCGGCAGGCAGCCCUUACCGGCAGCUCUCGGGCCCGACUUCCGUUUGCGCCAGUCAGCUACCCGCCCGUACGACGAAGACGGGCUGUGUCGUCGUCGUCGGCUUCGUCAUGUUCUGCAUUUUACCACUAAAAGCCUUACGGAGGAGAAGUCGCGCCAGAUUAAGGUGGGAGAUACUGAAAAUAAUUGGUGUUCCUACAUCGCUUCACUGGAUCGCCUGGUUCAUAAAGACAAUGAGUUUGUUGCUCAUCACAAUGUUGUUGGUUGUGUUGAUUUUAAAGAUCCCAACAAGAAAUGGAGCCAUACUUAAAUACAGUUCUCCUUUUGUGGUAUACCUAUUCCUUGUGUUCUUCGCAGCUGCUCUCACGUUCUUCUCCUUCAUGUUAUCUACACUAUUUUCAAACGCUAACUUUGCAGCUACGUGCGCAGCAAUUCUCUAUUUCUUAUUAUUUGUAUUAUUCUACGUUAUUACAUUACAAGACUUUAAAUUAGCUAAUAUACUCCUAAUCUGCUUAACAUGCCCCGGAGCACUGGGAGUGGGUGUUUUCAUAAUCUUGAAGCAUGAGGAGAUGGCCCAUUUCUCAUUCGAGAUAUAGAGGACUCUACAAAUUUCAAAAAUAAAAAUGA